GGGGGUUUAGGGGGCGGGUGCCUGUCUAGUGGGUGGCAGAGUUCAGCUCCCUGGAGGGGUGAAGGAGGGACGUCCCAGAGACCGGUCUUUGAGGAAGGAGUGGGACUUGACAUCGGGAGGAAGGACCCGGUUCGGUGUCUCGGGGGAGCGAAGGUUUUAGGGGGACAGCUGGGAGUCUCCAGUAUAGAGACCACUGAAGGUUGAAGGAAGUACCUCUUGGCACAAGGCCUUGGAAAGUUCAGGAGCCCUGGAAAGGAGAAGGAAUAAGACGACAGGAGGAAGAGAGAGAGAGGGUAGAAUGGAAGAAUCUCACUUCAAUUCUAACCCAUACUUCUGGCCUUCUAUCCCCACGGUCUCAGGGCAGAUUGAAAACACUAUGUUCAUCAACAAGAUGAAGGAUCAGCUGUUGCCAGAGAAGGGCUGUGGACUGGCACCACCUCACUAUCCCACUUUGCUAACAGUCCCUGCCUCAGUGUCCCUGUCCUCUGGCAUCAGCAUGGACACAGAGUCCAAGUCAGAACAGCUGACCCCACACAGUCAGGCAUCUGUCACCCAGAAUAUCACAGUGGUUCCUGUACCGUCUACAGGACUCAUGACUGCGGGAGUCUCCUGUUCUCAGAGGUGGAGAAGAGAAGGGAGUCAAUCAAGGGGUCCUGGCUUGGUAAUCACAUCCCCGUCAGGCUCUCUUGUGACCACAGCCUCCGCAGCUCAGACUUUCCCUAUUUCGGCUCCCAUGAUUGUCUCAGCUCUUCCCCCUGGCUCCCAAGCCCUACAGGUGGUCCCUGACCUCUCCAAGAAGGUAGCAUCAACCCUGACUGAGGAAGGAGGCGGAGGUGGUGGUGGAGGUGGCACUGUGGCUCCUCCUAAGCCUCCUCGGGGCCGCAAGAAGAAGCGAAUGCUGGAAUCAGGGCUUCCUGAGAUGAAUGACCCUUACGUCCUUGCCCCUGGGGAUGACGAUGACCAUCAGAAAGAUGGCAAGACCUAUAGGUGCCGGAUGUGCUCACUGACCUUCUACUCAAAGUCGGAGAUGCAGAUCCACUCCAAGUCACACACCGAGACCAAGCCCCACAAGUGCCCACACUGCUCCAAGACCUUCGCCAACAGCUCCUACCUGGCCCAGCACAUCCGUAUCCACUCAGGGGCCAAGCCCUAUAGUUGUAACUUUUGUGAGAAAUCCUUCCGCCAGCUCUCGCAUCUGCAGCAGCACACCCGGAUUCACUCCAAGAUGCACACGGAGACCAUCAAGCCCCACAAGUGCCCGCACUGCUCCAAGACCUUCGCCAACACCUCCUACCUGGCUCAGCACCUCCGUAUCCACUCAGGGGCCAAGCCCUACAACUGUUCCUACUGCCAGAAGGCCUUCCGCCAGCUCUCCCACCUCCAGCAGCACACACGAAUCCACACUGGAGACAGGCCGUACAAAUGUGCACACCCGGGCUGUGAGAAGGCCUUCACACAGCUCUCUAAUCUGCAGUCUCACAGACGGCAGCACAACAAAGAUAAACCCUUCAAGUGCCACAACUGUCACCGAGCAUAUACAGACGCAGCCUCUCUAGAGGCUCACUUAUCUACACACACAGUGAAACACGCCAAGGUUUAUACCUGCACAAUCUGUAGUCGGGCAUAUACAUCAGAAACAUACCUUAUGAAACAUAUGCGCAAACACAACCCUCCUGAUCUUCAACAACAAGUGCAAGCAGCAGCAGCGGCAGCAGCGGUGGCUCAGGCCCAGGCCCAGGCCCAGGCCCAGGCCCAGGCCCAGGCUCAGGCUCAGGCUCAGGCUCAAGCCCAGGCCCAGGCCCAGGCCCAAGCUUCACAGGCUUCGCAGCAGCAGCAGCAGCAGCCACCUCCACAACCACCACAUUUCCAGUCCCCUGGGGCAGCUCCCCAGGGAGGGGGUGGUGGGGACAACAACCCGAACCCUCCACCCCAGUGUUCCUUUGACCUGACCCCCUAUAAGCCGGCAGAGCAUCAUAAAGACAUCUGCCUCACUGUCACCACCAGCACCAUCCAGGUGGAGCACCUGGCCAGCUCUUAGAGAUCCGUACUGCCAUCCGUCGGAAAGGGGAGAAGUCCUGGUCCCUCCUUUGUCAACUCUUCUCGGUGGGAAAGUUCUCUUCUUCCUUGACGAGUCCUGUCUCCAGCUCCUUGGGUCUCAGGCAUGGCUUUUCUUCACCAGAUAACCAUCCUUAAUCUCAGCUGCUCCUGAUUGGCCAAGGACUCCUGAGCUGAUAGUGUUAUCCAACAGCCCCUAUCCAGGCAGAGCUUUUAAGACUGGGGCUUGGUGCUUGAGAGAAGGAUCCGCUGUGAGCUCACAUCUUGUCCAGUGUGGGGGCGCUUACCUUUCUCUCUCUUCACCCUCAAAGUUGGGGCUGAUAGAAGACUAAUGGCUGGCCCUCCCAGAUAACAGAGAAGGAAGCUCUAAAUGCCACCAGCCUUCCAUUCUAUGCUUACAUGUAAAAGAACAGAUUUUGCACGUGGCCUGCCCCCUGUGAGCCAUUUUCUUCCCCUUCCAUGGUCUCACUUCAUAUUGGGUGGUGACUAUACCUUCUUAUUUGUAAGGGGGCAAUAGCUGAUUCAUGGUUGCCAAGGUGCCAGAGAUUCCCCAGUGACCAAGGGUGGCUUAAGAGUGUGAGUUAUUUUUCCUUAACAGCCUCCUUCCUUCUCUGCCAACCAAGGGCCUAUAUACUCAGUCUCACUAUCCCAGUCCAAGGGGCUCUGGGAGCUGUGUUAGCUGUGUUCUCUGCAAUACCAUCUGGGCUUUUGCAGAGAAGAGAGAAUUCAGGGCACACACAGGACUGGACUUAGCCUCCCUAGGUGCCACGGUCAGAUGCCGGACAUGGAUUUAUAUAUAAAUAUAUAUAUAUAAAUAUAUAUAUAUAUACCUGCUCAUCACGGCCAUCUUUGUUGUAACCAUUUCUGUGUUUAUAAAUGCAUUAUCUCUGAGAAUUUUCAUAUUGAUGUUUUAUUUUUGUCUUAUUUUUUUUCUCCACCUUGUCCUCUGGCCAUGGCAUUUUAAUUUUCUUUUGCCUUUUAAUUUUUUUAAUCAUGGGAGAUUUCAGAUGAAAUUAAAAUAAUCAGGAAUUAUACAGUUGUUAUAAAGCAAUUUAAAAAUGAAAAACAUGUACAAACUAAGGGGUGUUUUUAGACCAUUGUAUAGAAAUAAAUUCAUGUUUAAGGAUGA